CAUCAAGACCGGCCAGAACCAGAAACCAACGCCCGCGCGAUGCAUGCUCCCGCACUAAAUGCAUGCACGGCGGCACCAUCACUCUCCAAGAACAUCCGGACCCUGUGACUGUGACUGUGCGUCUGUGCCUGCGCUAGCUAGCCGUUAGUACAACAGCACCAAACCGGAGACGAGCAGCGGUAAUGGCGGCCGGGUCGUCAUCGUGCUCUCCGGUCCUCCUCCUCCUACUACUCUUCCUCGCCUCGUCCGGCGCCGGCGCAGGCGCAGGAGAGGCUUCAACGACGUCGACGUCGGCCCCGGUGCCAGCCCCUGCCUCGGCACUGGACCAGGUGUGCGGAAGGCUGGGCAGCUACUACGUGACGCCGUCCCUCUGCGAGUCCGCGCUCUGCGCCGACCCGUCCGCGCCGUGCCGCGCGGCGCGGGACGCGCCCACCGUGGCGGCGCUCGCGGCCAGGCUGGCGGCCGACAACGCCACGGCGGCCAGGGACAGUAUCGAGGCCGUUUUCUUCCCAUCUUCGUCCUCGUCCUCCGCCGCCGCGGCCGCGCAAUCGUGCCUGCAGCUGUACGCGGGCGCGGUGCCGGCGCUGCGGUGGGCGGCUCGGGCCGUGGCCGCGGGGCGGUACCGCGGCGCGCGGGAGGUGCUGCAGGCGGCGCAGUACGUCGCCGCGGGAUGCGAGGGCAUCGCGGGCGACGCGGCCGCCCCGCUGCCCCGCGAGAACGGCGGAUUCGCCGACAUGGCCUUCGUCGCGCACGCCGUCGUCGCCUCCAUGUCCGCCGACUGAUCCAAUCCAACCCGCCACCGCUCGGCUUAAUGCGAGAAUGGCGAAGCUCGUUGUACUGCAGUGAUAAUCAUUGCGCUGCCGCUACCAUCCUGCCAUGUCCUGUCCAUCGGUUAAUAACCUCUGAAUGCGUGGUGUUUGUGUUUCCCCUGUGUAAAAUUCAGUUUUCCGCUUCAUCGAUCUGAUCUCCUGCACCUAAACCAAGCAAGUGGAUGGAUUGGAUUCUCUUCGAGACAAAAUCGAUCAUCGAUCUUUGUUUCGAAAUUUGGAUGUACUGUGAAAAUUACUGACGCACUUGCAGUGCAAUAAUGGACUGCUAACAUAAUA